CGCCGAUACCGCCACGGCAGCAGUCGCGUGCAGGGAAUAUUCCCAUUAAAUAAAUAUACGAGUGCAAUUUUUCACGUAAACACAGCGCGAAAUGGACUGACUGUUUACACAAAUUAAAUUCAAGUUUAUUUGUUCAGCAUAUAUUUUGAAAGUGAGCGAACUGUUCGAUUUUAAAAUGUUGUGGGAGAGUAAUCUUAACGAGGAUCCGGAGACGAUGCCACAGACGGUGCCUCGGUCCGGGUGCAGCCCACCAUCGGCAUCCCAGGGAGAGAGGGCAGUGCCAACAUCGCCAGCCGACAUUCAUCACCUCCUGCGUCUUUUAGGCGCCGAAUCACCACCAGAACCGAUGUUGCACUCUCCACCAACACACACUAAGCCACCACCUCCAUAUCCAGAGGACAAUAACUAUCUUGAACGCAUAUACGAUUUUGAAGGAUUCCCCACACCUUCCCCCUCGUCGGACGAGGGCUCAAUACCAACAGUAGCACUACAACCGUCUUCCCCUUAUAACUCGUUUCAAUAUUCUCCAGUUUUCAUCAAAGAGGAACCAAACAGGCUAACAGUGCCAGGGUUCGCGUCACCUUAUCCACUGUCACCAUCGGGCUCCUGCGUUUCUUACAGCAGUAACAAUCAAUAUUCCUCACCAGUUCCACAACAAGAAGAAUAUAUUAACAUCGAAGAUCUCCUUAAAGAAAAUCAAAUAUUACAAGACAGUAUCCAACAAAAUUAUAUUACACCUAAAAUUGAAGUCGAAGAACCCAGGGAUCAUAUUCUUUUAAGAUCAGCUCUUGAAGACACAACAUUCCAAAAAAGAUUAAACUUAAGGCCCUUUGAAUUAGGAAGUGUCAAAAUGGAAGAAAGCAGCGGUGGUCCCGGCGAGGAGGCCCUAGUUGCCCCCGACAUUGAUCGCGUUCUUUCUAUGGCCAUAGAACAGUCAAAGCGAGAUGUCGAUAACACGUGCACAGUACUGGGUAUAUCACCAGACCCAAUGCAAUGGAGCUCUAGUGACGUUAAAGCUUGGGUGAUGUUCACACUAAGACACUUCAACCUGCCGAUGGUACCGUCCGAGUAUUUCGCAAUGGACGGAACAGCUCUUGUUGCGCUCACUGAAGAGGAAUUUAAUCAAAGGGCUCCACAAGCGGGUAGCACGCUGUACGCGCAACUGGAGAUCUGGAAAGCUGCACGGCAUGAGGGUUGGAGGAGCCAGUGGACUGAGCAACGGCCGCCUACACCAGCGCCGCCCGCACCUGCCACUGAGGACAUGAGUGAUGAUGAUGCAGAAUCCAUUGUAGCAAAUGUCAGCCAAGGUGGAGGCAAAGUGAAGACUGGUAGCACCCACAUCCAUCUUUGGCAGUUCCUCAAAGAACUUUUGGCUUCACCACAUAUACACGGAUCAGCGAUACGGUGGUUAGACAGAAGUAACGGUGUAUUCAAAAUUGAAGAUUCAGUUCGUGUCGCCAGACUGUGGGGCAAAAGAAAAAACAGGCCCGCAAUGAACUACGACAAACUAUCGCGUAGCAUUAGACAAUACUACAAGAAAGGCAUCAUGAAGAAAACGGAAAGAAGUCAGAGGCUCGUCUAUCAGUUCUGUCAUCCCUACUGUUUAUAAGCUCUUGCAGUGACUUAGUAUAAGUAAAUUGUAAAUAUUUAUUGUAAAUAAGGGCAUGUGAGAGCCGCGGUAAUGCGGACACCUUGACGACUGGUCGGGUUUUGUCAGCAAAACUUGACGCAGUUUCGGAGUUUGUCGAUGUUUUAUUUUCCAGGCGAGUGAAUGUCCUGUGAUAGAAGCAUCGGGUAAAGCUCCUCCAUACAAUUCGGGAAAGGUAAUUUUCUCUGGAAUUCUAAUGGAUGGAGACAAUGGUUUUGUUAGAAUAAGUUUUUUUUUACCGGCGAUUAGACUGCGGUUUGUAAAGAAAUCAAUUGAUUCGAUCGUUCGUCGAAAGCUGGUAAUUUUUAUCCCAUAUAUCUAUGAUAUAUUUCUAGUACGUUCUAUGAACUGGUAGUUAAGUCUGUGUAAAUAUUUUUAAAUUAGAGCAUAAGUUUGCUCUUAUUAUCGUUAAAGAUUAUGAAGAGGUUCUCAUAUGAUAAAAUAAAAUAAAAAAUAUUUAAAAAUAAUUUAAAUUUUAUAUUGCAGAUAUGAUUUGUUUGAGUUUUUUAUAUAAAAAAAAUAUUUAAUGUAACGAUUCUGUUACCUAUUUUGUUGUCUUUUCGUGUUCGAUGCGAUACACAUAUGUGGGACAUUUGCAAUGUUGAUGUAAUUAGUCCUAAGUGAAAAUGUGGCGGCUGUUUUCGGUGAUGAAAAUGUAAAAUUUUGAAAUUUUGUGCCAAAUAGAUGUAUAUAUAGCCUUUGGAAUUUAUUCGGGACAAAAUAUCGUAACUGAUAGCCUGUCUGUAAUUGUAAAAUAGUGUUUACGGCUAGGUUAUAACGGUGUUGGGAUUUUGGUUCAUAGGUUAAUCGAUAUUGACAUUUCUAUCGAUCUUAACUUUAUUCGACCAAACUAAUGUAGACUAUAUGACAAGUGUAAUAUUAUUUAAUAAAAUAAACGGCCAUUUA